GCAACCGAAAAAAAAAAGAAAAAGAAAAAAAAAAAAGCAAAAUCGCGAGAGGCGCAACACAACACCGCUCCGGUCAAUCAAAUUGGUAAAUUAGGGUUUUAAACCCAAUCGUGGCCAUUUUCGAAACCGUAACAAAGCUCAUCAAUCAUCAUGUUGACGGCUCUCCGAUCUCGUUGCUCAUCUCUUAUUCAAGAUCAAUCAUGGAAGCUAGGUUUAUCAUCUGCUCCGAAUCGCAUCUUAGCCUCCUCUCCAUUUUUCUCUUCAACCGCCUGGCCCAAAGAUGUCUCAGAGAUUCUCACGCUUCCCGAAGUGGAGAAGAUACUCGCCGACGUGAAAGCUGAUAACGUUACGGUAGUUCCAACUCACAAUCACUGCUUCUGGGCUGAUUACAUGGUCGUCGCCACCGGAAGAUCCGAUUGGCACUUAAAAAACAUCGCUCAAGCAUUAGUCUAUAAGGCGAAGCAAAAGCAGAAAGGAGCAAAACAUAUAAUGCUGCCAUCUGUGCAAGGGUACGAUAGCAAGUGGGUUGUCAUAGACUACGGGAAGUUUGUAGUCCAUGCACUUGAUGAGAAAGCCAGGGUUUAUUUCAAUUUGGAAAGCCUUUGGACUGCUGAAACAUCUGGUACUGAUUCUUCUGAUCUUCAGGAUCUUCAAAAGGCUUUUGUAAAGGUCAGACCAAUAAACAAUUCAAAAAGGAAACCGGCGAAAGUGAGUUCUUGAUUCGGUUCGAUGGACAUACAAUCAUCUUCUCGAGUCUAGACGGGUUGAGAAUAGGAAUUUAAGCCUAUUUUGUCAAUAACUUCCCUGUUUUUUUUUUUUUAAAGUCACAUGUCAAUUUUUUUUUUUUAAACAACAAGUGAAUAGAUUAGCUCAAAGGAGCCUCUCGUAAUAAAAAAAAGAAAAUUU